GGACAUACAUGUACACCCCCGUCGCUAGAGAGAGCGAAAAGCGGCGAGACCGCGAGACACAAGCGUCAUCAAAAAGGGGUUAAAAAUAAACAAAAGGCUCAAAGCGCCUAUUAUUGAAUACAGAAAUAAUUGGCGAGCCAAGCCUAGUUUGCGCGACGAGUCGCUCAGAAUUUAUCAUCAUUAUCUCUCGAUGAAAUCGAGGGAUGAAAAAUCAUCAUCGUUAACAGGAAAAUAACAUAAAACAAUCACCAAUUAUGGAGUGUACACCGACGAGAAAAAGAGACUAUACUUGCAAACUAGUGGAACAAAAAAUACGAGAAAAUUCCAUGUGAGGUAGUGAAUUAUCUGGGAGAGAAACGGUGAUGAUUUGGACCGAAAAAUUAGUUUUAGUAGUGAGAAAAAAGACUAUCGCGAGGAAAAAAAACACAAGAAUUUGGAUAGUGUCCGUGAAGCGUUCCUCGUGUAAUAAAUAUGGAGAAACCUGAAUCAUUUGGAUCGUUAAACAGGAGCCCGGAAUAAAAUUGCCUUCGAAGGAAAAGAAUAAAAAAUUCCACUUGCUCCGAGCCGGAGUGGCAUUUUUUCCAAAUCAUUUCUCGUAACUCUUUUUUUUUCCUGAGUUACAAGAGCAUAUACACAAAUUUAUAAGAUAGAAUAAAAAAUUAAGGAGUGAAAAUGCCUACAGUAAUCAAUUCGUCGCUGACCUACGAAAUUCUGAUGUACCUGAAUUCCUUUUACUUUGGUAUGUUUGCCGUAUGCGAGCUCGGCAUGGGACUCUUCAAAGCAAUAAAUUUGCCAUCCCCAGGAAGCGGAACAACGGCCAUUGAAUUUUCCUUAUUAGUUUUUCUCAUAGCAACCGAAGGAGGGCGAGUUUAUUUGGGUAGAAAAGGAAAUUUAACGGAAAGAGGAUUGCCCAUAUUUUUGGGAAUAUUAUUGACGAUACCCAGUGCUUUGGCUACUCUGUAUUUUCUCUUCUGGCAAAAUUAUGUUCUCAGAUUGGAAAUGAUACUCUGUAGCAUUCAACUGGUUCUACUAAUAACUGAACUCGUCAUCUCCGUUAUGUGCCUAGUAGCGAUUUAUAGACCCACUCCUCUUGAAGAAUGAGUCAGGAAACACCCGACAGGCUUAUGUUUAGUUGCCUUUUUCAAAAUGGAGCAUGUAACGCACAAAUAGCGCUCUUUCGCUUAGUUCCCUACCCUUGGUAGCACAAAAAAUUCGUUAUUGCGCUAGGACUUGCACGUUAGACUUGGUUUUUCCUUCUAUUAUAUGAAAAAUAUAAACUUUCAAGCAUUUGUACGAUUAAGAGAAAAAAUGAAUGGUCAAUGAGACGCAGUUGCUGAAAAGGAGACGUGUGUCCUGACUGAAAACUUGUAUGUAUGAGCGAACACCCUGAACCUGCAAGAUUGUAUGAUAUUUUUUAAGAAUUUGUAUCCUGGAUUGUAUAGAGAAACCGUAUUUGUUGUAUAGAGCUAUAACAAAUUGAAUUUGUAAAGCAAAGGAAAAGAACAAAAGAAAGAACACCUGAGAGCCUUAAGUAUUUUUAACAUUGUUAGAACAUUCACUAAUGUCACUUGGACUUUCAAUCAAUGGUCAAAGUACUAACAGGAUUGGUAGGUUUAACAAAUGAAUAUAAAACACCAAAUGAACACUGACUGCCCUGCGAAUUUCUGAUAACUUUACAGUUUCACACUCUACGUAUUUAUGAUGCAUGUUACACAUCGCUGUCCUUUUGUUUUCAAUUCAUUUCUGAUCAAUUCACGAACGAAUUACGUACGAACCAAAGACGUGAAAAAACGUAAAUACAUGUUUUUAAGCUAAGAUUUUUAAUAUGCAAUCACAAUGAUUUUAUAUUCGACACUAUCUUUUUUGCAUAAUAAAAACAAAAUGUUGGUUA